ACCAAAUGUGUUGGGUCUGUGACUGUUUUGUCACACGUGGCAAGCUUACUACACCUUUACAGUACAUCUCCCGCACCUACCUGCAAUUAUGUUGCCUCCUUCUUACCCUCCCCUCCUUCCUCUUCUCUUCCUCUUCUCACCCACACCACACCACACGGCGCGCGGUAUCGGACGUUCCUUGUCUGUUGCCAGGGAGGCUGGCCUGCAAGAUUGCCUAAGAACCGGUAACAAGGAUGGGCGGUGUUAUCGUACAACGCGCGAGUUCUGUCUUCGUGGAAACACGUCUCCUGGUGAUGUUCGAGGGAUCUGACUACAUCCAUGCCAACUACGUCUCCUCAUACAAGAAACCAAAGGCAUUCGUCCUCACCCAAGGUCCAACAAAGAAGACGCUGGUCGAUUUCUGGCGGAUGGUGUGGGAGCAGCAGGUCCACGUGAUCGUCAUGACGACCAAGUGUGUGGAACUGGGACGACACAAGUGUACCCAGUACUGGCCCGAAGAGGGCGUGGUCCAGUAUGGGAAUGUGACAGUGACGGUGUCCAGACUCCAACAGUAUGAGGGAUAUGAGCUGAGGACCAUGAACAUCUCUUGCACUGGUGUAGAGAGAAACAUAAAACAUUUCCAAUUCCUUGCGUGGCCUGACUACGGUGUUCCCACCAGUGGGUCUACAGUUCUCGACCUCAUAUCAGUAGUCAGAGAGGCCGCUGCACACGCCACGACGACGACACGAUCAACCAAACCUUCCUCCUCGUCUGGCGAUCACAAGAUCAUCGUCCACUGCAGUGCAGGCGUCGGCCGAAGCGGAGCGUUCUGUGUCAUCCACAACUGUAUCGAUGAGUUCAGAGAGAAGGGGACGGUGAACGUACAGGGUGCAGUGCGGGCGCUGCGCCACCAACGAGCAUACGCCAUUCAGACAGACGAACAGUAUGAAUUCUGCUACAGGACCAUUCUCCAGUUCAUGAAAACCCACCGGAACUGAUUAAUCAUGAACACAAACACAUUCACACAGGCACGAUGUUUGACUCCUGUUUAUUUUUACCGUGUACUACAGAGUUACUGCGCAAUCAUCGUUGUUUUUUCGACUCUGGCUCUAUCUGAAUUGUGUGUGUGUGUAUUCAUUGGUGUUUGUUCAACUGCAUUAUCAUCAUUUUACUACUCUGCGCAAUUCAGACAUUGUGAUUUAAUGAUUACUGACUGUAGAGGAA